CUUUUUGCGAAGAUGGCGCCGAAGCCUAAGAAGGAAGCCCCUGCGCCUCCCAAAGCCGAAGCCAAAGCAAAGGCUUUGAAGGCCAAGAAAGCGGUGCUGAAAGGCGUCCACAGCCACAAAAAAAAGAAGAUUCGCACGUCACCUACAUUCCGACGACCCAAGACUCUGCGUCUCCUAAGGCAGCCCAAAUAUCCUCGAAAGAGCGCCCCCAGGAGAAACAAGCUUGAUCACUAUGCCAUCAUCAAAUUCCCCCUGACUACUGAGUCAGCCAUGAAGAAAAUAGAAGACAACAACACACUUGUGUUCAUUGUGGAUGUCAAGGCCAACAAGCACCAGAUCAAACAGGCUGUGAAGAAGCUCUAUGAUAUUGAUGUGGCCAAGGUCAACACCUUGAUCAGGCCUGAUGGAGAAAAGAAGGCUUAUGUUCGACUGGCUCCCGACUAUGAUGCUUUGGAUGUUGCCAACAAAAUUGGGAUCAUCUAAACUGAGACCAGCUGGCUAAAUC